CCCCAUGCAUUUUUGUAAGAGAUUUCGAGUGAGUGAAUAAAUGCUUUUGCCCCGAAGAUGCGGCGCGGGGAAGAGCGAAGUGGGAACACUAGUUCAUGACGAUUGCCAAGCGCGUCAACUAGAGGGGGAACAGGGUAAUGGCCGUGAGGGACCGAGAGGGAGAGUGGGCUUUGAAGAGGUGACUAUGACGAGAAAAACACGGAAUGGGGAAAGGUCUGUUGUGGUCUCGAGGGCGGUGGUGUGGUGUGGGCGCGGGCGUGGGUUGUGAGGUAGCGGAGGGCCGGCCUGCAACAAUGGAGCGCGGAGACGGUGCCGAGAGCGGAUGUCGAAGGCAGAAAGCGGAAGCAAAAUGGAGGGCGGAGAGCGCAGAGAGCGCAGGCGCAAGCGGGGAGGAGGAAGAGGUGGUGGAAAAGGGGAAUGACGAGAUCAAUUUUGCUCCGGAACAACACAGCAGAGCGAGCCAUGUGGCCGGGGUGGGCUUGUUCGAGGCUUGUCUGACCGAGAGGAGAAGAGACUUAUGGCCCUGGAGCGCUGCGUGGGCGGACGACCGAACAGCGCUGAUGGCGGGGUCGGGGGCGAGCGACGCAGGGACUGAGCGACGGGGCGACUGCGCGCGACCCAAGGCCGGCGGAUGGGAUCCAAUCACGGCGGAGGCGAGUCAGGCCGCAAGGGGAGGAGGGAGGAGCUCGUUGCAUGUGGUAAAGUCUCUGGGAACGUCUGGGGCUGGCCGGCUUCGAUGACGGAUCAUGGAUGGCGAAUGCCCGGGUCCACCGCGAUGUCGUCAAGGGGACGGCCGGCGCCUUGAGACGUGAUUGGUGCUGGAUGUACUGGAUGUACUGGGCGUAUUGGAUGUUGGUGGCCAAGAGCCUCCGUCCUCACAUCGCCGGGCCCAGAACUACUGGAGCUUCACAAGACCAAGCUUCCCGCGUAAUCCAGGUGCCAUGCGACUCAGCUCAGGGCAACAGUGUGU